AUGGCUUCAACUUCAUAUUCACCUAGAGGUUGUAUUGAUAACAUUCCCGCCGAGAUGCUUAUGCCCGAGAGUGACGUGUUUGGCGAGCCAAAUAGUAGUCCACGGAUUGGAAAUGAACAUCAAGCCGAGCUUCCUUCCAUAAAUAAAAGGUCGAAUUACAUGUAUAAGUCCACAUAUUAUGGAGAUACACAUCCAAAGCAUGUCAUAAUUGGGCUGCCCAUACCAUUAACGUGGAUGAAUAACAAUGGCCCGGAUACAAAUUCCGAGAUGACUUUGACCGACAGUGUACAAGACACAGUGACGCCCGAAGAGGAUUCACGGGCUGAAGAGGAAAGAAUGCAGAAGAAAUUUUGUGGUGAAAUAGUGCCUGGAAUAACCGAACAAAUUUGGAGUGAUGCUGAGAAAGCCAGCUUUGUUCUGGGUUUGCACAUAUUUGAGAAAAAUUUUGUGCAUCUUGGGCAUUUUGUGGAAACCAAGAACCCAGGGGAUGUAAUGGCUUACUACUACGGAGAGUUUUACCGUUCGAAAGAAUAUUUUAGAUGGUCCGAACGUAGAACGGCAAAGGGCAGGAAGAGGUACGUGUUGGGGCAGAGGAUUUUUUCUGGAUUAAGGCAACAGGAAUUAAUAUCUCGGCUAGUUGCUAGAGUGCCAGAUGAAUGUAAAAGCGCCUUACUCGAGGUCUCCAAGACAUUUUCGGACGAGAAGUCGAGCCUAUCAAGCUAUCUCUCGUCUCUAAAGUCCAUGGUCGGGAUAACAGCUCUCGCUGAAGCCAUUGCCGUGGGCAAAGGCAAGAAGGACAUCACUAGAAUGGCCUUGGAGCCUUCGGGCUCAAACAACACGACUCAGGCCCAUACGCAGGUACCCUCACGCAAGAAGUGCUCGUCUCUCACACCAUCUGAAAUCAUCGAAAUCUUGAAUGGAGACUGCCGCCUGAGCAAAGCCCGGUCACACGAGCUUUUCUGGGAGGCUGUCUGGCCACGCCUGCUCGAACGAGGCUGGGCUACCAAGAAAGUUGCGUACGGUAAAGGCGAUGUUUUCAGUGGGCUGGACUAUUCCGUUAUCUACCUCACGCCAGGCUCCGAUAAUCUCCCGAGUGACGAGUGUGUGAAGGGAGACCACUACUUUACCUCGUCCACUGAUGUUUUGGGCCGGGUCUCGAGGGAGCCCAGCCUCAUUCUUCUCGGCUCGGAUAAUGACGACGAGAACAGGAACAAUAACGGGCCGGCUGUUGUGGCCCGAGAGGAAAGGGAUGACGAGGAAGGGCGGCAGGGGUUUUAUCUGCAGCCGAGGGCCCAAAACCGUAGCUUGCAUGCCGUGAAGUACACAGUGGUCGACACGUGUCCUGGCGGGAAUCUACGAGACGUGAGAUACCUGCCGUGCGAAGAGGAAAAUGGUGGGCCCGGAUUGGAGAAUGGGAAGGGCCCGAUUGAUGAUGAUGAUGAUAAUGAACCGAGUUUGGACAAUGUGAAUGUCCCGAGCGAUGGCCAACCUGGUUCGGAGAAAAAGGAAGAAGAAGGCCCAACACCAACAACACCAAAGGAUGGGAAUAAAUCCGGAAGGAUCCGGAAGGGGAAGAAAAUCCGAGGUGGGGCCCGCCGUAAGGCGGCGGCUCCAGUGAGAAAACGUGAAGAGACGGGAGGAGACGUGAUUUGCCAUCCGAGUCCGGGCCGAGUUCUGAUGGGCUUCGGAAUGGAGAGUGGGCCCGUGCCGUCGAGCCCGAAUUGUGAUAUCCAGGAAGGAACGGCGGGUCCCACUGGCGGCGGCCCAGUGGAGAAUUCACGCUGUCCUUUGCCAUUUGACCUGAACGAGCCGCCGAUAGAAGAGGCAGAGGAGCAGGAGGACUUUGAUGUGAAUACAAAUGUCGUGAGACAGAGUAGAAGGGGCCUCCAGUGGUCGGCCAAGGCACUGGAGAAUCUGGUUGAUGAGCUGGCGGCGGAUCGGAAGAGGAAGGGAAUAAUCGACGGCCCGGAUGAGGAGGGCUUUGUGUGGAGGCCCACUAGGCGUGUGAGAACCGGGGCUGGGUCGAACGGGCUUUUGAGGGGUUCUGUGGGGGGUUCGAGGUUCAAACGUGAUGGAAAUGGCGCGUCUGGCAGUGGGAACCGUAAUGUGCAGAAUGGUGUUUGA